UUCAUUUACAGGCAACCAAACAUCUGACACCCGGUCCUGAGAGCUUGCAUCUGUGCUGUCAUGAUUGACACCACUGACUUCCCUCAGGAUCUUAAUUAGUGUGUCUUCUGACGGUACUACAGAGAUGACUUGGAUGCGGCACCUGACCUGUCUGUGGAUUCUGUUCGCCACACACAAUGGAUGUGUUUACAGUGACAUUCAGUUCCUUGAGAGGCAGGAGGGCCAAUCUGUGGUUCUGCCCUGUGCGGUCGAACCGAGAGCGCCUCCGCCCUUCGGCUGGUCCCUGAUGCGCAGCUGGUUGCAUCACGGUAAGGUGAUGUACAUGCACACCAAGACCGAAGCCCACGUAUUCAAUGCCGACGACAAAAACCGCACCAGGGUCAGCGGGGACCCGAGCAGCCACUCUCUGAACGUGACCAUCUCUGAUCUGAGGGCCAGCGACACAGACCGCUACUACUGCGAGUUCGUGGUGGACAACCCGAGCCACGAAGAUUUACGACUGCCUGGAAAGACUGAGUUCUUCCUCCUCGUGACUGCUGAUGCCCCUGGGUUGCCGGGGCUGGUAGAGACGUGUGCUGGGGGCUCGGCCGUGCUCCCCUGUCUCCCCCCGGGUGGGGAGGGCUUGGCUGUGGAGGGGGUGAGCCUGAAGCGGCAGAGGGGCCAGGCAGCUGUGGAGGUGUUGUACCACUCAAAGCGUCACCACAGCAGCAGCCAUCCCUCCCACUCCUCCUCCCAGUUUCCUGUCGAGAAGGUCCAUCUCUCCUCUGCGCCCGGCCCCGGUGGCAUCACCUACAACCUGACCCUGCAGCAGCUGCAGCCGGACGACAGCGGCCUGUACAGCUGCCAGCUGCUCCUGCGGGGCCGGCCCGACAGCAGCACCCGUCUAGGGAGACAAGCGGUCCUUGUUUCUGUGCAAGGAGGUCAGUGCAGCUGCUCCAGCUACUCCUCUCUGCUGUACGCCUUGUCCUCGGCCGUGGCCAUCCUCCUCCUCUUCCUCCUCCUCGCCUUCGUGGUGAUAUAUAAAGGCAAAUCUCGCCGCAGUGUCAAGUCACACCCUCAGGCCCCCAUCUACGAGGAGAUGACCGGGGUGCAGGCUGCAAGCCGUAAGCUGGGCCCUCUCCAUCUGGAGGAAACGCAGUCUUCCGAGUACAGGAACUGCCCCGUGAAGAAAUCCUGCUCUGAAAACUAUUACGAAAGCCCCAGGAAGAAUUCUCUGAAAUAAAAAAAAUAAAUAAAUAAAAUGUCUUCUUCCACAGGAUUCUCUUUAUCUCAUUUGUACCGGAUUGCUGAUAAUCUGACAGAUUGUUUACAUUUGGGUAUUUUCUUCAAGCCUUUAAUUUCCUGUAAAACGCAAUUUAGAAAUUAGAAUUACAACUGCCAUGUGUUUUUUUGUAAAAGAAGUCAUGUUUACAUUGAAUUAUUCUCACCAAAAGGCAUUGGGUUCAGGUUGAAUUCAUUCCCUGACGCAUAUGUGAAGAGCAGAUUUUUGGAAGUAUUUGAAACCUAUGCUCAGUUGCCAGUUUAUCAGGUAAACCUAGGUGAGACUCAUAUAAUAAAUACUCCCUUUCAUGAGGGUCAUAAUAUUGGGUUUACAUUUGAACAGAGGGAUUACUGAGCAGAUUUCCUGGAUGGGUCUCGUCCCAGAAUAGACCAUGUUAACGUCAGUACUGGUCACCCAGGAAUUUAUUGUGAGGGCAUAUUUUCUUUUCUUUCUUUCUUUCUUUCUUUCUUUCUUUCUUUCUUUCUUUCUUUCUUUCUUUCUUUCUUUCUUUCUUUCUUUCUUUCUUUCUUUUCUUUUUUCUUUUCUUUUUUUUUUUUUUUACAUUUUGUUAAUUUGAGUAAUGCAUCAAUCUUGAUUUUAACUUGAACUUAUUUAGUGUGCUGGUAUCUAUGAGGGGCUGUUGGGCUUUUGGCGGGGGUUCAGAGUACAUGACCAAAAAAAUAAAUAUUGAGAAAUGUG